UGACGACAAAAAAGUUGAUAUUCUAUUCUAAUCUCGUAUUUCCCGGCAUUUGGUGGGUCUUAAGUGUCAAUAUAUUAGUCGGCAAACGAAACGAUUGUGGAGCAAACAUUCUCUUCGUCUUUUGGGUACAAAUCAUAUUCGUCGUUUGAAGCAUUUAUACAUGUGUUGGUGCCAGCGGUUAUCAAUAAGAACCAACGAACAACUGAAAAGCUCAACAGUUGGGAACAUCUAUUACCCGUCGUGACAAAUCGUAACUUACGUUUUCAUUCGUUUUUGUUACCUUUGUUAACUAACACAAACGCCUAUAUACUCCAUUUACACUCACACACAAUGUCAGAGCUUGCUCUCAAGUGCUUUUUGUGUAUGUGUAUUAGUGUUAAACUCACUACCAACACAACUUGUUGCUGGCAGGCUACUAUAAAAACACUUCAGUUAUCACUGAAGAUAUCAUUGUUCGAAUAAACGUCAAUUGCAACAAUUGUCAUUUGAAACAUUAGCAAACGCAAAAAAAAAACAAAUAUAAAUUUCCCUUAGUGCCAAAACGGAAGGAAGCAGACAAUUAAUCAUAAUUGUAAUUAAACAAUUGGCACGCGAGUGACUUUAAGCUAAACUAGACUGGAGAUUGCAAAAACACCUACAAGAGAUAAAGAAAAGUGCAAGAACCAUUAUUCGUAUAACAAAAUAAAAUAAAAACUGAAUAAGAGAUUGAGUGCACAGUUAUUACCGUUGAAAGAAGUGCUUCAAGUGGAUUAAUUUCGAUACUGUUUUAAAGAAAAAUUAGCAAGGUAAAAAAAAUGUCCUCACAUCAGACGUCAUCAACGACAAAGCUAAAUCGCAAAUGUCAAUUUACCACGACGCUGAUAUUACUGGCUGUCUUGUGGACAAUGCUGUUUACUGGAGCGAUGGCACGACCUAGUCUAGAUGCAUUGUUGGCCAAACAAAAUGAUGUCUCACAAUUGUUCUUGGACGAUUUACUAGCCAGUGGGAAUGGUGACAAAAUAUUUCAUGGAUUGAAAAGGCACCAUUCAAAUGCCAAACAACCCAACUAUCUGGCGAAAUGGCCAGGCCUCAGAGAUCUUGUCUUAACCAUUGACUAUGAUGGUGACGACGAUACCGCAAGUCCUAUGGAAACUGCCGAGUUUCUGGAACGCUUACACCAAUUGGCUGGUAAUCCUCCAUAUGAUCUCUUCGAUGACAUACGUGAUAAUAGUGAAGAUGAUGGUUUGGAUAUGGGCAAUAAUUCAGCAAAAGUCCUCAAAUCACCAAAUAAUCAACUCAACUUUAAGGAGCACAAUACCAAAAAGAAUGUUCAAUAUAUGUCACCAUGUCAUUUUAAAAUUUGCAAUAUGGGUCGCAAGCGCAAUGCCCGUCUGCUGGGUACCAAUUAUUGAAGGCGAAUCAAUGGCAACCGAAAGAAUAUUGGAUCAAAAAGCAAGACGACGAUAAUUUACAAAUAAAACACACAAAAAAGCUCUCUGGACAAGAAUUUACAAAAAGUAUUCAAUCGUUACAUUCUUUUCAACUUAAAAAUUUCAAAUUAAUAAGCCAUGGAAAGAAGCUAAACACAAAGGACACCUCAAAGUAUUUACAAACUAUUAUUAUCAUCUACACCUACAGUGUAUCUAUGUAUAAGAGCAUACAUACAUACAAGUAAUUAAUAUUUCAUCUCUUAAGCCAUGUUUCUCCAUUAGAGUCAUAACGAACCCAUAUAACCCAAUGGAAAUACUCUAUUGGGUGAUUUUAAUUAUUUUAAGUUUUUCAUCGAAAUUUUAGAAAAUAAUUCACCAUGAAAACCUUCAA